CCAGUCCUGGUUUAAAGCAGGACUUAGCCAAUGCCAGUUUCCGAUCAAGGCGGUGACGCAUUUUUCCGACUCCUCCAUUUCAAGAAAAGCACUCGGCACACACCAAACAUCAAAAAAGCAAGACCAGCGGAAGCUAGCUAAGCUUGCAGGGAAGCUUGCAGCGGAAGCUUGCUGUGUAAACAUAUAAGUUAGUAUUAGAUCAAGUCGACCAUGGGCAACGCUCACCCCAAGAAGCAGCGUUCUCCUCGGCCGAAGCGACGGCAUUCGAUGCCCGCUCGUUCGAGCACAGAUGAUCAACUGAAGGAAGGCAGCAGUAGCAUCAAUCCGGGCGAUUUGGUGGAUGCCCGUCAACGAGAAGUCCCUGCCAUGGAUCAAUCGUCCUCGCAUUUCCAUGACUCUUCUACGUCGCAUUUUUCCGUUGACCCGAUGGCCGCCAUGGUGGCGCAUCAUAUGAAAAUCAAAGAUCCUCGAAGUCAAAUGUUUCAAUCAAAACAACAGCAACAGCAAGAAGAAAAACGCGAAGAAUGCGUCGACGAGAGUUACCGAUUGCCGGGGUUGGCCGCUCCGCUCGAAGAUUCGUUGGUCUUUGACGAACUGGACCAAGAUGUCAGUUCGGCCAUGAGUUUCUACGAAGAAUCCGCCAAGAGUGAAAUGCUGUCGACGCCAAGACCACAACAAUCUUCCGCCUUGUUGGGAGCGUUUGACGAAUCGGCCGUUUCCAUUGAUCCAUUUGGAGGAGCUCUCGACAAUCAUAAUAAUCCACAGCGGCAGAGUCAUUAUCCGCUCAAACGACCGUCCACGCGUCUCGAAAAUCAUCAUCACCAUCAUCAUCACCAUCAUCCGAAUAAUAGCAACAGUAGUGGUAUGAACGCCAGUCAACGGCGACCGAGCCACGCCAUGAAAGACAAGAGUCAUCGAACCAACAACAAUAAUUCCAAUUCCAAAAACAAACAACGCAAAACCGACACACGACGGCGAGCAUCUAUAGGCAGCAGCGCGUACGUCCAGGCCGAUUCUCUACUCAACAAUUUGGAAGAAGUCGAAGAUUUUCUCAAACAAUUGCAAAAAAAGGAUCCCGAAGUACGACAACGAGUUCUCAUGGAAUCUCUGCAGCGACAAGCGGGAAUGAGUGAAUCCUCGUCGCGAUUGUUCAGUGCGGCGGCCAUGAACAACAAUAGCAACAAUAAUUCCUCUCGAUCGAUUUCCUCCAGUCACUUGAAUGGCAAUGGCAAUAGCAGUCGACGCAUGUCUUCGGCGUCCGUACAAGACACGAGCAAACGACGGAGCAGCAGCAAACGACGCGACAGCAAGAUCAAUGCCAACAACAAUGCCAACAACAACGAAUCGUUUACGGCGUCCCAAGCCGCACUCAGCAUGUCGGCAUCUAGUGGUCUCGAUCGACGACGGGCUUCUGGGAUUGAGAAGAAUGAAGCCAGCAAGAACCACGGAUCCUGGAAUGGCAAUGCCAGUCAAGCCAUGUUCCUCGUUCACAACAAUAAUGAAGCAUUGCCCACACUCAUGGAACAACAAUCGGCACAUCAUCGACAUCCACAAUUCCAACAAAAACCAAUGCGCAGCAAACAAAAUGGAAAAUACCGUAGGGCCAGUGCGGGAGAUUCCAUCCGUCACUUGACUUCCACUCCGGAAGGCCGACGACGAUCGUCCUCGGAUGCCUCCACGAUGCCGUCUCUGACGCCCAUGAACAAUAAUGGAAAUGACGACGUUGUUGUGGACAACCACCACAACCACGAACCGCCGGAACAAGAACAACAAAAACAAAAAAGGGGCGCCUUGAAAAAAUCCAUUUCCUCCACCGCCCUCAAAAACAACCCCAACCACAAAUCCUCUGCCAAAAACUCCUUUAUCAAAAAAUCCUCCUCGGCUGGGUCGUUCUUGUCGGCCGGAUUCAAACGAUUGGCCAAAGAUAGUUCUCGUCGCCAUUUGGAAGAUGCCAGCAAAUUGACCGCUUCUCGACGACGGCGGGGACGAACCACGGCGGACGAAACCGAUGGCGGCAGUCGAAGUUCCAGCAAAAGCAGUCGCAAAAAUCACAUGUGGCGGAGUAGCAAAAACAAGGACAAAGACCGCAGUAGUAAGAGUCCCAAACAAAAUGGCAAAAAAGCGCACACGGUUGGAGAAUACACACCCUCCAAGUAUCAUCACAGCAAGAGUCCCAAACGCAAGAAAAAUGGAGAGAAACGACGAGCUUCCAUGGACAAUUCGUCGUCGGCGCGUGUCCAAAAUGGACGAUCCAUGGACCAGUCCUCCUCCAACAAUCAUCAUCAUCAUCAUCAUCGCAAGAAUAAUAGACGAGCUUCCAUGGACAAUGCAUCGAUCAACAAUCCUCACCACCGUCAGGGCCGCCGCGCGACCAUUGACAACACUUCCACGGAUACUUCUACCAAACAUCAACAUCGCGGUCCUCGAAUGGACAAUUCGUCAUCGUCCAACAACAGCAAUCGCCGACGAUUCCGGGGAAGUGCCCCAUCGGGAGCGGCGCCACAGAUGGAGGAAUUGUACCCCGACGAGAAUCAUCAGCCUGUCAGUGACCCCAAGAAACGGGCUCACCGUCGAAGAAAGUCUUUGACGGCUUGGAUUGGGUUCUGAUUUGAGCAGCUAGCUAGAAGAGAGCCAGCACAAUCAACUAUCUGGUCACAUACGAACGGCAAUCACCAGCAAAAUGCCAUGAACGAACAAUGAAAAUUUGGCCCAACAAAGAAACGCACUGUUUUUUUUGUUUGGUGGUGAUCCCGGCGGUGCGGAUGGUGCCGGUUCAGGCUACGAACGCACACACAGAUUCGGCCGGUGCAUGGCAAGCACACAGCAUCUUGAAAAUUGAAAGAAGGAUCGAGAAAAAGAUGAUACCGGUAGAUGAGUUUUCUAGCUGUUCCCCGCCACCCUUGGUUUGAACUCCGCGGCGGUGCUAGACUACAGAAGCCCCGCAACCAGCCAAGAAUGUACAUAAGCAAGGCUGAAGGAACCCAAUAAUCUGAAGAAUAGACUUUAAAAAAUCAAGCUUAAUCUAUCAUGAGUUCCGACGAACUCAGAUGACAUUCUUGUGCCAU